AUGAUGAAAGAAGUCAUCGUGAGCAAGGGCCCCGAGGUAAGGAUCGCUGAUGCCGAGAUCCCAACCCCGGGGCCGGACCAGCUGGUCAUCCGCGUUGUCGUGUCGGGGAGCAACCCCAAGGAUUGGAAAAUAGCCGAGUGGCUCGGCAAGACCAUGAACACUGGAGAUGACAUCGCCGGCAUCGUCCACUCGGUUGGGCCCAACGUGUGGGAGUUCAAGCCCGGCGACCGCGUUGCCUCAUUCCACGAGAUGAUGACGCCCGGAGGGAGCUUCGCCGAGUAUGCUGUGGGAUGGCAGCACACAACAUUCCACUUGCCAAGCAAAGUCAGCUUUGAAGAGGCUGCCACCCUCCCUCUCGCAGCCAUGACAGCAGCCCUCGGUCUGCAUCUCCGACUCGGCCUGCCGGCUCCCUGGACUCCGGCGACCCAGCCCACACCGCUGGUCGUCUACGGUGGCGCUUCGGCCGUUGGCGCCUUCGCCAUCAAGCUCGCCGUCAAGUCCAACAUCCACCCCAUCAUCGCCGUCGCUGGCCGCGGGGCGGACUUUGUAGAGACCCUGAUCGACCGCUCCAAGGGCGAUGCGAUCGUCGACUAUCGCAAGGGCGACGACGCAGUCGUGCAGGGCAUCCGCGACGCGCUCAAGGGAGCCGAGCUCAAGCACGCCUACGACGCCACGUCCGAGCACAACUCGUACGUCAACAUCGCCAAGGCCAUGCCGACCGGUGGCAACAUCACCACCGUGCUUCCGGCCAAGGAAGAGGACGUGCCCGACAACGUGGAAAUUGUCACCACCAUGGUCAGCACUGCGCACGGCGAAGAAAGCGACUUUGCAUACGCCUGGUUCAGACUGCUCGCCCGUUGGCUGGACCAAGGCACUUUUAAGCCACACCCACACCAGGUUGUAGAGGGAGGGCUUAACGGCGUGGAAAAGGGACUGAGGAACCUCAAGGAAGGCAAGGCCAGCGCAGUCAAGUACGUUUUCAGAAUUGCCGACACUCCUGGCGUGUCGGCAGCUCAGUUGUAA